AUGGAUCAAGGCUGCAGUUUAUUGCUGGAAUUCCGAACUUGUACGGAAACUGUUAAUGUCAACGCAUGCGUAUUACCUAAUUCAAUCAAAUUCUGGAAUGACGUCGAACUUUACGUAUGUCAACUACUCAUGCCAUCUAUCAAAGAGUACAAAAGUUGCUUUUCAAAUGCUCGGAGUAAAUUUUGUGCAACAAAGUUAGUUCAUAUUUUCACCUUAUAUCAAUUACUGCUAGAUUUCAGUAUAAAUUUUUUGAUGAAACAAAUUAGUAAAUUGUUAGCGUAA